AUGAAGUACAGCACCGCCGUCACGUCGUCCCGUCGUAAGACGCGUAAGGCGCACUUCACCGCCCCCUCCUCGGAGCGCCGCAAGUUGAUGUCCGCCGCGCUCUCCGCCGAGCUCAAGGCUCAGCACGGCGCGAACGCGGUUCCGAUUCGCGUGAACGACGAAGUUCGAGUCACUCGGGGUUCGUUCAAGAACCGCGAAGGGAAGGUCGUGCAGGUGUACCGCAAGAAGUGGGUGAUUCACAUCGCCAACAUCACGCGGGAUAAGGUGAACGGCACGCAAAUCCAAGUCGGUGUUGACCCGUCCAAGUGCAUCAUCACCAAGCUCCACAUGGAUAAGGACCGUAAGGCUCUCUUGGCGCGUAAGGGUGGUGCCUCCGGCUCCGCCGAUGAAGCGAUGCAAACCGUGUCUUAA